AUGUUAGAUGAGACUGGGAGUCCGUGUGAGAGAUAUAAGAAAGAAAAGGAAGUAAGCAAGCACAGACUCUGGAAGCCAUCAGGAGUUCAUCUUUUUAAUAUCAGGAGGCCAGAAGAAAGGACAGAAGUGGCUCUGGCUGUGAUGGGGCUCUUACUGGGCCUGCUGCUCCUGAGCCACCUACUGGUGGUCAUUUAUGGACAUCCCAUCCUGGAAGUGCCUGAGAGUGUGACAGGGCCUUGGAAAGGGAAUGUAAAUAUUCCCUGUACCUAUGGUCCUCUGCAAGGCUAUACACAAGUCUUAGUAAGGUGGCUGGUAGAACGUGGAUCUGACUCAGUCACCAUUUUUCUACGUGACCCCUCCGGAGACCACAUCCAGCAAGCAAAGUACCGGGGCCGCCUGCAUGUAAAUAAUGAGGUUCCAGGAGAUGUGUCCCUCCAACUGAAUACCCUGGAGAUGGAUGACCGGAGACACUACACAUGUGAAGUCACUUGGCAGACCCCUGAUGGCAACCAAGUUGUGAAAGAUAAGAUCAUUGAACUCCGGGUCCAGAAACAUUCCUCAAAGCCACUUGAUACCAAGACUAAGUCACUUCCAACCAUGCAAACCCCCUUGGAAGCAACAUCCACAGUGAAUACAUCCUGGGGCAGAAUAACUGAAGUGGAUGGUUAUAUUGGAAAGACAAGUGCUGGACCAGGAAGAGGCCUGUCUAUCUUUGCCAUAAUUCUCAUCAUCUCCUUGUGCUGUAUAGUGUUCAUCACCAUGACUUAUAUCAUGGCCUGCCGGAAGACAUCCCAACAGGAUCAUGUCUAUGAAGUGGCCAGCCUACCCAGUGGCCCACCAGCUUGGAUUCCUCAAUCGUUUAAGUCAAGUCAUGUAUGGACAUGA